ACCAGGAGGCGGCGGCUCCAUCUGCGACUGCGCAGUAGAAAGCAAGCAAAGCUGAAGGCAAAUGACUUCGUCCUCACCAUAAAGAGUUUGUACGCUUUUGAAAGAAAAACAUGAAUGGCUCCCUGCACUCCAACGUGGUGGAAAUUGAACUGAAGCGAGGCUCGGCAGGCCUGGGCUUCAACAUCGUGGGAGGCGUGGACCAGCAGUAUGUGGCCAACGACUGUGGCAUCUACGUGUCCAAAAUUAAAGAAGACGGAGCGGCCGCGCUGGACGGAAGACUAGAAGAAGGGGACAAGAUUCUGAUGAUCAAUGGAGUGAAGCUGGAGGCUCAGACACACAAUGAAGUUGUCAAUCUCUUCAGGAAAGCAGGGGAGGAUGUGGAGCUGCGCGUUCUAAAAAAGUCUCCCCAUCAUGCCAACGGACCACCUAACAGCCCCCAAAGCGAUCCCACGUGGUCUGGCUCCUAUGUCGGGAUUCUGGCUGUGCUGAUGGGAGCCGCAGCCAUCUUGUCCUUGGUCUACUUAGGUCGCGUCAGAAGAGCCAUUUAAGCGUCUUCAUCAUCUCUUCUUUUUAAGGUGCAGCCUGUUGCUUUCAGCCAAAGAAAGGAGGAAAGUCUUCUCGACCCACAAGUGUUGCCUUUCAGUCGGCACACUUGUCAAAUUGCGCGGGGGAUGAAAACAAGCGAUGCUCCGAGACUCAAGGACCAAUCGUGAAAAUAGUGCACGCUCAAGGACACACACUUCUUUUGUGUAGCGAUGCCAUUUAUCGUGCUCCUAUAGUCGACGCUAUUCUGAGCAUGAAAACACCAAAUAACACCAUUCUGUCCUGAAAAGCAACAAAAGCUGUCAUCCUUUGGCAUCUUCACUUUUAGUCCAACAUGUAAUUAUGACAGCCAUGCACUGUAAUGUAACAGGACCACAAUAUUAUUUGUCCCAGCCUUGUCUUUUUUUAAAAAGUGUACAGUAAAUUUGCUACGGAGUAGAAAUAGCUCACGCCAGUUGACAGCCACCAUGUUUCCAUUGUAUAUAUAUGCUAUGUCGUCAUGAAAGAACAAUCAUAUUUUUCAAAUUGUGCACCGAGAGAUUGCUUGUAAUCACAGCUUGUUGGCGUUCUGAUACGACCGCUUGGGUCGUGAACUUCUGUCGCGCAGACUAAAAGUUAGUUUGGCUCUACAGUAGUAAAGACUAAAAAAAAGUGUGAGGGGUUGAAGGUUUAGUUUUGCACUAUAGCCACAGUAAUGGAGUGGUGAUGUUUGUCGUCAACGCCGGGGCUGGCUUCUAAAUUGUACAUACAUUUCAUGUCGCUCUCUGCUGACUGGCAUUGUGAAUAAUAAUGACAAGAGAAAUGGAUUAGAAAUAAAAAAUGUUUUACAGCUGGUCAAACUCA